GUAAGCAUUAAAAUAGGAAUCCACGCAGGAGUAUGAUCCUAAUAAAGAACUAUCUGUUUCAAGAACAUGGUUUGAUUUCCGCAACUAAACAACCAAUAACUCGAAUGCAUUCAAGAAUGGAAGGUAGGAAUUUCGAGCUUUUGGGUCUGCGAUUCGCGGCGGAAUCUUGCGGAAAAGGUCGGACCGUGUGAGUUUCUGCUCAAGAACAGGUGCGAGUUUUUCUUUCUUUAGUUGCCAGUCUCGCGGGCUUAUUGUGAAAUCGCCGAGGAUGUUAAGGUUUGACCUUGACGUGUUUGUCGAACAGAAGUUUGAAUCUUGGUGAAUCAUAAACCACCGCGAAGAAGAAAACUAGGGUUUUACCUUCGGUGGAUGGAUGGAUGGAAGUAGGGUUUUGUUUGUGAUUUAGUUUUUCGUGGUAAAUUGGAGGCAUUCUUGCGACUCGAGAUUGUUGAUUUGUUUUGAGUUCCUUUAAAGGGAGAGAAAGAUGUCGAAAAAAUCGUGAAAUGGGGAUGUUGAUUUCAUUCAUAUACGAUAAGGAAUGGAAAUCUUGAGUUUGUUCUCAUAGUUGCAAAGAAGAUAAAGAAGUGAAAAUUGCAGGGAAAGAUGUCUUCUUCGCCUUCCCCUUCUUCCCCGGCCUCUCUUCCGACAUCUACGGCGUCUCCACCCUCACCUUCUUCUCCCACUGCCUCCGGCGCACCACCUCCUCCCCAAAUACCAUCUCCCGCGCCACCUCAAUCGUCACCUCCACCACCUGACGCCACUUCGCCUCCUUCUGGUACUGCCCCCUCGCCGCCGGUGCCAUCUCGUUCUCCGCCGCCUGACGCCACUUCGCCUCCUUCAGGUGCUGCCCCCUCGCCGCCGGCGCCAUCUCGUUCUCCGCCGCCUGACGCCAUUUCGCCUCCUUCAGGUGCCGCCCCCUCGCCGCCCGCGCCAUCUCGUUCUCCGCCGCCUGACGCCAUUUCGCCUACAUCAGGUGCUGCCCCCUCGCCGCCGGCGCCAUCUCGUUCUCCGCCACCUGACGCCAUUUCGCCUCCUUCAGGUACUGCCCCAUCGCCGCCGGCGCCAUCUCUUUCUCCGCCGCCACCUUCCACUGUCGCCUCUCCACCUCCACCUCCUUCUCCUUCUGUUCCUCCGGGGCCGAUUACUCCCAUUGCGCCUCCACCUUUUCCUCCAUCCCCACCUCCUCCAGCGUCACAGCCUCCACAAUCUAGGCCACCGCCUCCAGGUACUCCACCACCUAGGAGUUCGCCUUCUCAACCACCACCUCCACCGGCGUCCUCAAGCCCUCCUCGGUUGCCACCACCCAGUCCUCCCAGGAAUUCUUCAGCGACUCCUAAUCCACCGAGUCUUUCUCCUCCAUCUACAAGUACUCCCGAUGGACCAAGAAAUUCAAGUUCGCCUGAACAUGGUAGCGGCCUUAAGACUGGAUCCGUUGUGGCUAUUGGAGUGGUAGCAGCUGUUAUUGCAUUUGGUUUGGUUGCACUGGCAGUUUACGUUAUCAGGAAGCGCAGGAAAGCUGUUGCUGAAUACAAUGCAGGGUUUGCCAUACCUGCGCCACUUGCAUCUUCAGUGUCAGAUCCAGCUAUUCUGAGGUCCCAAACAGACCCUCUUGUGCUUCGCCGGAACCCUGGAGCCACUUCAAGAAUCAAUUCAUUACCUGAGACAUCAAGAGCUGGCGCAACCCCUUCAUUUUCAUAUGAAGAGUUAUACAGAAUAACUAAUGGUUUCUCGCCUGACAAAAUAUUGGGAGAGGGUGGAUUUGGUUCUGUUUACAAAGGGUGCUUACCUAAUGGAAGAGAAGUGGCCGUGAAGCGAUUAAAAAUUGAAAGCAGGCAAGGUGACCGUGAGUUCAAAGCUGAAGUGGAGAUUAUAAGCCGUGUGCACCAUCGCCAUUUGGUUUCUCUUGUAGGGUACUGCAUAUCAGGCAACCAAAGGCUGCUUGUAUAUGAUUUUGUGCCUAAUGGAACACUUGAAUCUCAUCUUCAUGGGAACAAAAGACCUGCAAUGGAUUGGGCUACCAGGGUGAAGGUUGCUGCCGGUGCAGCUCGUGGCAUUGCUUACCUGCAUGAGGAUUGUGAUCCAAAAAUAAUUCACAGAGAUAUAAAAUCUUCCAACAUUCUACUGGAUAACAAUUUUGAAGCUCAGGUUUCUGAUUUUGGACUUGCAAGGUUAGCUUUGGAAUUAGAUGCUCACACACAUGUAACUACCCGUGUAAUGGGGACAUUUGGGUACUUGGCUCCGGAGUAUGCAUCCAGUGGCAAAUUGACUGAAAAAUCUGAUGUUUUUUCUUUUGGUGUGGUGCUUUUGGAACUUAUUACUGGGCAAAAGCCUGUUGACUACACAAAGCCAUUUGGUGACGAGAGCCUUGUUGUGUGGGCACGACCAUUGCUUUCUCAUGCACUUGCAACUGGAGAGCUUGGGGAAUUACCUGACCAUAGACUUCAAAAGAACUUCGACGAAAGAGAAAUGCUUCGUAUGAUUGAAGCAGCCGCUGCAUGUAUCCGACAUUCAGCAUCAAUGAGACCGCAAAUGGGGAAGGUGGUCCGAGUUCUUGACAGUUUCACCGACAUUGAUAUUACCAGUGGUUUAACACCAGGACAAAGUGAAGCGUUCGAUAUUGCUAAUUCAGCAGACAUCAGAAUAUUUCAGCAGUUGGCACUUGGUAACCCUGGUUCUACUUCUGACUACUCGCUUUCCAAUUGGAGUCAUCAAAAAGAUGCAUAAAGAUGGUUCAUGUGGCAUUUGCACUCCUACUCUUUUGCAUAUAUCCCUCUUUUUUUCUUCUUCUUCUAAAUCUAGAUUUGACUUAAACUCGAGCUUUAACAUAUAGUUUGGCCUUUUUUCACGCCACUAGUAAAAGCAUUUGCAGGAGGCAGUUUUUUGUAUGGCUUCCUGCAAAAACAAAAACUCCACAGGUUGUUAUUUUCCUUAAUCAGAUCUUAUACACUGUCUGGUAUUUUAGCUAA